CGAAACCAGCGCAGACAACACAAACCAACCUCCUCAUUACUUGCAUUUAGCAGCCUGCACUCCACCCUACCACUGCCUGCCAGCAAACACAUAAAACUGACGCGCAUUGCUGCUUUCAAGGUCGUCUGAUACCGUUUACAAUUGCGAUUACUUUGAUCUUGUUCUUGAAUUUCGAGUCUGGUCGUUGAACAAUUCUAAUAUUGACCACCCGGAGCAUUUGCUGUUCAACGCAAAUAUCGUCAAGCGAAGACGCAGGAGGGGAGAAAACUACAAUGGCGACAACUCCGCCCCCCCGUGCCAUUAGGACUCCACCUGCUCCGCGCCAUGGGGCGAGAUUCGACUCGUAUCAACCGUACUCGACCCGAUAUUCUGCUCGUUUAGCAAAUCGAAAGGCAUCUAGAGGUUCUCCAGGGCUCUCCACACCCAAUUCUCCGCGCUCACCCAAUGACACCGACCUUUUAAUGGGCGCGAAACGAUGCGCCAGCGAGGAGGAUUCAUUUUCCCCGCCUCAAUCCACACAAGCUUUUCCUACAAGGAGAAGUGACAGAAAAACCAAGACCAGCCAGCCGCCUGUAGAAACUCAUUCAUUCUUUGAGAACACUAGAGGACAAGAUGACCUUGCUUCUCACUCCUCAUUAGGUGUCUCGUCAAACAUGGAUAGUGAACAUACAACCCUCACUGCCAACAUGCUUCCAACCCCUGCAAAAACUCCACGGAAGAAUGUUGUCCCUGAUCCCAGUGCUGUUGCACGUACUCUAUUCAAGGGAAAUAGCCAAUCUAAAGACAUUGAAAUGCCAAUUUCGAAAAGGCAAAAGGGCAGAAAGUUCAAGGGAUUUUCUCUAGAAAGCUUCAACUCAGAGCUGGAAAACGAAGGAAAUGAUGAAAUCGCUAUCUUUACCGACUCUAGGGAUCGAAUCCCUGAAGUCCACGAGACGUCGGACAACCCCUUCAUUAGCCGGUCUAAUGAUAGCUCACAUGGGAACCAUGAAAUUCAGCGUAACGAGAAAGUCCAAGAAGCCCUUCAUAGAGACGACGGGAUGCUCUAUGUUUUCCGCGGAAAGAAAAUAUUCCGAAAAUUCAAUUCCGACACAGAAGAAGAUGACGAGACAGAUCUGGGACUGUUGGCUUCUCAAGCUGAUCCUCUAGAAGAGACGAGCAUCCCACGUGUCCGACCGCUGACUCGCUCCUCCAUCAAACCACGUCUAUUGUUCCCUAAUGCAUCACAUCGAGGAAAAGCCCGUGAUUCGAGAUUUAGUGGUACCGACAAUACUAUAGAUGCCGAAGUAGCAUGUGAAGGAGAUGAGCCCAACCAAGGAGAAUCAAAUUCCGAUCCUCCUUCCACCAGAUGCGAAGAUAUCCCUGCAACACCACCCUCCAGAUCGGCUAUAUCAACCCCCACGACUCCUCUUACUGGUGGCCGCUCCCUCCGUUCGCACAAAAAGGAAGCGCAGGAUGGCUUAGAAAGUCCCUCCAAACCUCCCAAUAGGACCGCUGUUCGCAUGAGCCCCUUCGACAGAUGGACUCGGACGAAAUCCCAAGCAUCACCUACAACAAUUAGAAAGAGAGUCGGCACUUCAUCGAGUGACAGCGUCGAGCCCGUUUUGAAGAAAGCUCGCAGCAAGUGAAACAGAGACCUGCGCUCUUUUGGUCCAUCGCUGAUUAGCAGUGCCUAUCUUGGUCCUUCGCUCCUCCUUUUGAAACUCAUCAGACAUUAAUCAGUUUGCAUCGUUCCACCUUCAUUCAUUAUACACUUUUUUUAUUGCACUUUAUUUCCUUCUACCUCCUUCCGCGGACGUCUGUCGUUUUCGCAACAUUUGCUUUUCCUUUCUCUCCUACUUAUCCUUUAAUCUUACUUUAUGACGAGAUCAUGACCAUGGCAAUCCUAUGUUUCCUUUAUUAUAAAAUGGCGAAUCGUUUCCUCUUUCAAACUUUCUUGAACUUUGUCAACUUUUUUUAUUUGAGACUCCUACCCAUCUUUCCCACGUCUCUGCCACGAGUUAGGCCACACAAGUACGGGUCGUUACGUUUUGGCCUUGUGUUUCCUCUGUUUUGUUCUAGGCUCUAACCUCCACAUUUGCUAGUUUCCUCCUUUUGAGUUCUUUUCGAUUCUGGUACUUUUUGACAAGGGAGGGGAAAGUGUGCUAUUUUUGUUGGGAAACAUGUAUUGUUUUUCCUUUUCUAUAUUUCUUCGUCCCCUUUUGCUUCCUCGUUGUUUGAUUGGUGUCAGUUUCUUCCUCACCUUACAGUACAUCACUUCCACUCAUCCGUCCAUAGGUGGUUAUGGUUUAGAAAGGAUCGGGAUCCUGUUUAGUUCCCCUCAUCACAUAGCUAACGGUAGCAAAUUGAAUUGAGAAAAACCCGCAAUUUCAUUCUUGUCCUGCUUUGAUUCUGAGUUAAUGGGCUUUGUUAUUAAAAAAUACAUGGAGUUUAGUAGUACAAUACAGAUGAAAAUACGCAAUGCUGCAUCCCUGAUCAAACCGAAAAUCGAUAUAGUCAUUAAUAAUUCAUCAAAAAACCAAUGAUCGCGUUCAUUUUCGCGUCCAAGGCGAAAUUCCACCAAGCUUAGCCCUCGCGAUCCAAACCGAAAAAUGUUCUAACUCACAAAUGCUUAACACACCGAAAACAGCAUUAAUGUUAGAACUAAGGUGAAAUAAGGGGGUAAACAAAAGAGGUCAGCGUUUUCUGCGUAGCAUAAAAUUACGGCAACGAAGCACGCUCUACACAAUGUCC